CUGAGGCUGUUAGGAAUGGUGGGAGUUGGAGUCCAAAACACCCGGAGGGCCGAAGUUGGCUCAGGCCUGCUUAGCAGGGAACUGCUUCCCCUCACAAACAACAACAGCCGCAUUUCUGUGUGGACGUUUUCAGCUUGGGCCUGCUCCCUCGCGGCCUCUUCCUCCUCCCUCCGCCUUGCAUCGCUCUCCUGCGGCUCCCUCCAGGUCCGAAUCGCCGCCUUCCGCCCUGCCUCCUUCCCGCCAUGGAGUCGCUGGAGGAGCUCUCCCUGGGGCCCUGCACCGCCUCGCAAUACAUCAGGCCUUUCCGCCUCCGCUACCGGCAGUGUGUCCAUUCUGAUUUUUAAUACUUCUCGGCAAUGCUUUGUUAUGGUGAAGCAGUUCCGUCCAGCUGUCUACAUGUGUGAGAUGGAGCGGAAGUGUCCUCAACAUUUUGAGAGUAAAAGUCAAGAGAGCUGGCGCCUCCUUCCAGAUUGCUUGCCUGCCUCAGAAGGGGUAACAUAUGAACUCUGUGCUGGUAUCGUAGACAAGCCAGAGCUGUCUUUGGAAGAAAUUGCUUGCAAAGAAGUUAUGGAAGAAUGUGGUUAUGAGGUCUCUGUCGCCAACUUGAAGAGGAUUACUUCAUACAGAUCUGGAGUUGGUGUGACGGGAUCAAAGCAGACAUUAUUUUAUGCCGAAGUAACCGAUGAGAUGAAAGCCAGCGAAGGAGGUGGUCAACCGGAAGAAGGAGAGCUGAUUGAAGUUGUGGAAAUACCUCUUCAGGACUCCAUGAAUUUUGCAUUUGAUGAAACCUUCCCUAAAACAAUGGGCGUCAUCUUCAGCUUCAUGUGGUUCCAGACCAACAUUGCCCCAAAGUUGCUAAAAAAAUAAGAAUAAGCACUGAAUUGUGUUAGGAGCAUGGGAAAUAAAAUUAGAACUAGGGGGUGGGAAAAAUAAUCAAACCACAUAUAAGAAACUUGAUUCAUGUAAGUGAGAAGCCUCCUUUAGGAGAGUUUUACAAAGAAAGGAAUGGCAAUUAGAAACUUGAAAUCAUUUGGAGCGGGAUGCAGACAGAGUUGUUGCCAUCAUUUAUGGCUACUGGUGUGAGCCCAGUACACAUGCAUAUUAUAUAUGCAGUGAGUUUGGACAGCACUUAUUUUAUCAUUGGCUGGUGAAAGCACCCAGCUUCACACGUUAGAAUAGAAUUUAGUUUGAUAUACCCAAACCUGGUUACAGAGCCGAACGCACAGUUCCAGCUCAAACUUUGUGAAGCUGUGGCCGUUGGGCCCAUAAGCAUGUCGACUUGCAUGGCACACUUCCCCAGAAGGAGGUCUCCUCCCUACAUGCCUGUGAGGGGAAGUGUCCCACAGCAUGAGUGGGUGCUUGGGAAUCCUAUAACAUGGCCUCUCAGACUGCUUUCUCAAGGCUUCACAUGAGGUUAACUGCAUAACUAUGUGGUAGUUUGAGAAGUCUGCCACCACUGGCUGAAAGUGGUCCUUCAGCUAUUUAAAUAAAAUAAAAUAAAUGGAGUUUUUAAACCAACUAAUUUCCAUGUAAAUAUCCUACACGUUGUAUUAGGGCCCUGGAGCCUCUUUUCAUCACAAACCAUGCACUGUCCAGUUGAUCCAAUGUAAGUGUUUAUUAAAAGCAGGCUAUAAUAAAAGCUGAAUAUAUGAAAAGCAAGCAAAUAAGGACAAGGGAAUCAAAGUUCAAAAUGUUAUUUCCAUAAAAGCCAAAGGUUCAAAAAUCAAUUCAAAGCAAGUCUCUAAAACAAUUCCACCGAAAUAUUUUGAGACGAGGUAAAUGAAUCCAAGGCAGGUAAAAUUAUGUCUCACAAGACCAGAACACAGGAACAGCUUGAAACCUUGACUACAUGAAUUAACAAGGCCCAUGGAACCGAGAACUCUUCACCUGAAUGCAGUGUUACUUUCACAAAGAUCAUACCAGUGAAAACCACUUUUCAAAAUCCAGAAUCCCUCCCAUGAGAUCAUUUCUCUUGCACCUGCCUUCCCAUUCCUUAUCUCUAAGUUGCUUGGAGAAGUUAGUCUCUUAGUUGCAGGCCCUGUUUUCUCAACUCCAAUCUCUUUGACCUCGACAAACACUCGUCUCCCAGAUUUCCCUUAGUCUGCACUUCUGGCAGGUUCCCAUGGGAACGGAGAUCGGCUUCACCAUUCUUUUGGGAACUGCCAGGAGAUUCCAAAACAUCUCUCUUGGGACUGGUUCCAGUGUCCUCUGUGCCCUCUAAAUCUCUCCCAGCAUCCCCUUCCUCCUCAUCUGGGCACCCAGAAUCUGACCAGGCCACAACACUACAUGGAAAAGUUCAGUUGUCUGGUUUUUCAUGCACUUGGAACGAUGGCUUUAAAAGACACCUCUAUUCCAUUAUUGUAGAUGUUAAUUUAAAAGUAACACUGAAGAAAAUAGAAGCUGUUAAUUUAUUUGAUCUGGUGAUGGGUUGUCAUGUCCCUGCCACCUUAAAUGCUAGAGGCAGACAAAUUUCCUCUUAAAGAACAGCAAGCAGCACAGGGAUAAAUGUUCAGUUUUUUCAGGGGAAGGAUAUGAGCAAUUGAAUCUUAACUAUCUGUAUUGGGGCUAGUGCAUAGUAUGCCUAAUGAAUAAAGUAUUUUAUUCUUUCAGCCUAGAACCCAAAUAGUGAGAAAUUCAAAUAAAAAGCACCCUUCUUUACUCAGUAAACGUGAAUUCACUGCCAUAUGUUCCCAGCAUAGAUGGCUUUUCAAAUUCUUGAAUAAAUUCAUGGAGGUUAGGACCAUCAUAGCUCUUAGUUAAGAUAGCCAUGUUUCACAUGUGUCAGAAUAACAAAGAGUGGCUAAACUAUGAACUAUUUCACAGAACUAUUUGGGGUGGGACACUGGUGGUUCUCUUGCAACCUACCAAAGCACCAUAGGAUCUGGUAAUGGUUUCAACUGAACUGUAAGCAGACAGGGCCCACCUCGUUUUGUUAUUAUACAGUGACAAUGUCUAUCAAGCCCAUUUGCUAUAGAAUAUGGCCUUCAACUCUAUUGUUAACUCUACUUGGAGUAGACUCAUUUAACGAAUGCUAUUUAUCUGUGUGUCAGCUCGUCAACAAUUGAGUCAAUGGGUGUUCUUUAGAUAGGAUUAACCAAUAGAUUUCAAAUCAUCAUUCAGCCUACAGAACAUGCUGACCAGAAUCCUGCUGAAAUGUAUAUAUACAUUGGAUUUUGUUUGUUUUGUCUGAUUUAAAACAUUUGCAUUCAAUUCAAGAUUGCAGAUCAGGAGCUGUGCUCCUAGCAUCCCUCUGCAGGUUGAUGUACAUUUGUGCUUUCAUUUGCACAUUCUGGUACACAUUCAUUUGACUCUCUGCCAUUCACCCCAAGAGUUGCAGAGAACAGUCCAUACAGAAAUAUACCUGUGGAUAUUUAUUCCAUGCAUACCUAAGACAGGAUGCAAACUUCUAUGUAUUUGUUGUAUUUCUUACUGUUUAACUCUCAUAGAGAUGCAUAGAAAACACAGUUAUGUUGUCAAAAUGGCAUCACCUGUGCUCCAGAGGUAGCUACAGUAUACUUGAAGAACCCUGGAUUUGUAGAAAUACAUUAUGACUUGCAUAUCCUUGGCAAUGACGAAGGGGAACAUAUAAAACCUCGGAAAAUAGCAAACUCUUCACAGAAUGGAAGAGAAGAGAAAGCCCAGAAGCAGAUCUAGAUCAAAUUUUAAAAUGGAAAAUAGAGAAGGAGAAAGAUAUUGUAGGAUAUAUAUAGGAAGAUAGUAGAAAAACAAUAUAAUUUGAAACAUAUACUGAUCGAGGUAUGGAAAGAGAAAUUAAAUAGUUAUGAGGAAAUCAAAAAUUAGAUAAACACAAUUUUAAAAAUUAAACACUUAACGAUUAAGGAAACAAAGGAAAAUUUUGAAAAAAGGGUACCAAACCCCACAUCAACUAGCCCAUAUUACAAAAAAGUACUUAAAAACUACAUUGGCAUAAAUGUGGGAAAAUAGGAACCAAUAUAUAUAUAUAUGUGGUGGAACUGUGAUAAGGUACAAAACCUUUACUUUAAAAAAUGAAAAGAUAUUAGGUAUAACAUUAGAAAUAAAUAAAAAAACAUUUUUUUACCCAGAAAAUAGAAGGAAAAUGUGGGAAUAAAUGUGCUGAAAUUACAAAAUAUAUGAUAGAAGCUGCACAAGCAAUGGUAGCCUAGGGGAUGGAAAGAGUACCAAAAAAGGAGAUAAAAAGUGGUAAGAAUACUUAGCAGAUUAUAUGCUGCAGGAUUAUAUUAUGGAAAGGAAAAUUAAAUAUACCAACAGAUAUUCUAAAGGGAACUGGGACUCUAAAUGGAAAUAGAUGAUAGCCAGAGUAAAGGGGAAAGGAAAAUACAAGGAAGUGAAUCAGACAAUCUUCAUGAUUGAACAAAUAAAAUAAUAUUUUAAAAACGAAAGGUACAACUGUUCUCGGAGGGAGGGGGGAGAUUGAGGAGGAAACAUAGAAACAAGUAAUAGGCAAUUAUAGUUAAUGGAAGGGCUAAAAAUACAGGCGAGACCAGAAUGAUAUGAGCAAAUAUGUGGAAAAAUGUCUUUUUCCUUUUUUCCUGUAAUGUGAAUGUGUAAUGUUAUUCUCUACUUACAGAUAAAGGUAAAGAUUUUCCCUUGACGUUAAGUCUAGUCAUGUCCAACUCCGGGGUGGUGGUGCUCAUCUCCAUUUCUAAGCCGAAGAGCCGGCGUUGUCAGUAGAUGCUCCUAGGUCAUGUAGUCAUGACUGCAUGGAGCACCAUUACCUUCCUACCAGAGCGGUACCUAUUGAUCUACUCACAUUUGCAUGACAGAGGUACCAAGAAGAGGUGGUAACUUGUAAAGGGGGUCCUAAGUGAAUAAGUGAAACAUCAGAUAACUGAAACCACAUAUAGCGGUUCCCUGAUAUGGAGCCAUACUGUGCUUUUUAAAUGCAAAAGAGGCAAAACCCAAAGGAAACACUGCCAUGAAAUGCCCCAGAGGCAUUCAACAUGGCAAGAUUUUGUUGCAGGUCCCUGGUUUUUCUUUGUAUUCAUUUGGCUAUAAGAUAUAAGCCACUCUCACAAGUGAGGUAGUGUAUCUUUAAAAUUCAAAUAUAAAUACCCAAGCAAAUAAAAAUUGCACAGUGUGUCUUUAUAUAUCCCUCUUCCCCGUGAAAGAAUGAAACCAUAUUCCUCACCUAUGGUUAUUCUCCCUUGCAGACUCUCUUCCUCUGUUACUGCAUUCAAACACUUCUAAAGCCACAUAUAUUAGCCUUAAUCUGUCAUUGAUUGGCCUUUUUCUCCUUCCCCCUUCCUAAUAUGUUUUGUAUUUAUAGACUAUAAGUUUACAAGGAGACUUUGUUUGUUUGGAACACCUAACAAUUUGGGUUGCUUUAGGAUUAUUUAUAAACAGAAGAUCAUACUGUUGUUUUUGCUGCUGUAUCUGUUAUUUAUUUUCCUCCUCCUGCCGUAGCACAGUCCUUUUCUUUCCCUCCUUCCACAAUCAGGAGAAGCAAAAUAGACCCUGAGGAGUAAGCAGGGAUAGCUCACUUCAUUUAAUUUACACAAGUCACAGAAUUCAGCUUUUCCUGAUACACAGUUUGAUUGCCCUUAAAAGAAAUUAGCACAUGAUUUGGCACCAAAUAAGGCAUUUUUAAGGAUUAUCUACUGCCCAGAUGUUGCAUCUUCACAGUUCCUCCUGCAUUUGCAAGUGCAGUGCUUCGUUCAUAAGGUUCAAUUCUCAUCUAUUCAUCUGAUAGCAACCCUGUAAGUUUUGCGUGCCAUUUCAAAAUUAUUUUAUAUUAGUGAGCAAUGAAGGCUAUUUUGUAAACUGCUGUUAUCGUGUUCUGUUGCAGUUAGCUUUGCACUCUUCACCAUUUUCUUAUUAUACCAUGAUUCAAUUUCUGUUGUGAAUGUUAAUGUGCAUAUAGCACUGGUCAGUUUGAAUGUUUAAAGAAACAAGCUCUCUAAAUAAAUAUUAAAAAUGCUAAAAUGUCAGAA